CUUUAUAUUAUUAUCUCUUUUUAGUUUUGAUAUCUCUUCAUAUUAACAACUUAAGCAAAAAAUGAGUUAUAGUUCUUUUGAAAAUGAGGAGGCAUUACCUCGUUUACCAGUACCUGCAUUGGCUUCAACUGUUCAGCAAUUAUUGAGUGCACUUAAGCCCUUAUUAAGUCAAGAAGAAUUUCUUGAUUUAAUGUCAGAAUCAUCUGAAUUCCUUACUAAUGAAACUAUUAAUCUUAUUCAAUCUCAUUUAGUGGCUGCAUCUGAAGAUCCAACUCAACAUUGUUAUUUAUCAACUGUUAAUGAUGAAACUGCUCCUGCUAUUUAUGGUGAAUUAAGAGGUGAUAUUUUACCCAGAAAUCCCUAUUUAAUUCUUGAAGAAGAUCCUUAUGCAAAAACUUUAAGUCCUCCUAAUCAAGCUGAAAGAACUGCUAAUUUAAUUAAUUCAUCACUUAAAUUUAUUAUUAGUCUUCGUAAUGAAACUUUGAAACCUGAUGUAACCCCAAACAAUAAUACUCCAUUGUCUAUGUCUUGUUAUAGAAAAUUAUUUGGUACUACAAGAGUUCCUACUUUUGCAAGAGAUUUAAAUCAUCAUAAUGUCGGACUGAAAAAGUAUAAAGAUAUUAAUGAUUCAAGACAUAUUGUAAUUAUUUGUAAUAAUCAAUUUCAUUCAUUAGAAGUCAUAACUCCUUUUUCACAAGAAGAAUAUGAAGAAACUGAUUCAAAACAUCAAAUUUGGUUUAAUGAUAAUGAAUUAUCAAAAAUAUUACAAAGUAUAAUUGAUUCUCUGAGUAAUGUUGAUCAAAUUGAAUCUGUCAAUAACUCGAUUGGUGCAGUAACUACUCAGACUUUGAAAUAUUGGAGGAAAGCUAGGGCUGAAUUAUCCAAAUUCAAUCCUGAAAAUAUGGAGUUAGUUGAUAAUGCCUUAUUUGUAGUGGUAUUAGACACAAUAAAUUCACCUGUAACCGAUCAAGAGAAAACUCAAGUUAUUUCUCAUGGGACUUCAGUUUUAUCUAGUAGUAACGUACAAAUUGGUUCAUGUACUUCAAGAUGGUAUGAUAAACUUCAAUUAAUUGUCACAAAGAAUUCAGUAGCCGGAAUUGUUUGGGAAUCAUUUUCUAUGGAUAGUACUGCAAUUCUUAGAUUUAUUUCUGAUAUUUAUACUGAUUCAGUUUUAAAAUUGGCCAAAAAUAUAAAUGCUCAAGAAUAUACUUUGUUUGAUAGGAGAGUUAAAUUUGUUUCAGCAGAUGGUAAAAUCUCUAAACCCGAAGUUAAAAGAUUAAUAUUUGAAAAGACUCCAUAUUUGUUAAAUUUAAUUCAUUUAUCUGAAACUAGAUUGGCUGAUUUAAUUAAUCAACAUGAAUAUAAGACUUUAAAUAUUAAAUUGGAUGCUCAUCUUGUUAAGAAAUUUCAAAUGUCUAUUGAUUCCAUAUUACAGAUAGCUUUCCAAAUUGCUAAUUACUCAUUGUAUGGGAAAAUGGUUAAUACUUUAGAACCCAUCACUACUAGAAAAUUUAGAGAUUCAAGAACUGAAUUAAUUCCUAUUCAAAAUGAAUCAAUUUCAAAUUUAGUCAAGUUAUUUAUUUCCAAUGCUAGUCCUCUGGAUAAAUGGGAACAAUUUAAGAAAUGUUGUGAUGCACAUACAAAACAAUAUCAUGAUGCUAUGGUUGGUAAAGGAUUUGAAAGACAUUUCAUGUCACUUGUACAAGUUAUAAAGAGACCACUGGCAGUAGAAUAUUUGAAUAAACUUAACAAACACUUGGAACCUUUACCAGAUUUUAGUUCCAAUAAUGUUGAAAUUCCUUUAUUAAAUAAUAAUGUCAUUGAAAAGAUAAUUGUUCCUGAAUUAUUAAUUUCCAAUUGUGGGAAUCCUGCAUUACUGUUAUUUGGUAUCCCACCAGCAAGUGAUAGAGGAUUCGGUGUUGGAUAUAUUAUCCACUCAGAUAGAGUUAUAAUCACCAUUUGUUCUAAGUUUAGACAAACAGAACGGUUUUUAGAUACUCUUCAUCGUGUAAUCAAUGAUUUGAAGAAUAUGCUUAAGCAUCGUUCAAACAUUUUAUUAAGUAUCAAUGACUCAGAAUCGAGAAAGUUGGAAUUACAAAAGUUGAGAAUUGAACGUGAAUUAAAGCAUAUUGAGCUUGAUUUGCCAUCCAAACGACACCCAAUAGAGUUGACAAUUGAUAAGGAUUAUGAACCAAUCCCUUAUGAGAGUGUCAAGAUAGAUAGUGAAGAUAUGAAAAAGGAAUCAUCAGAAAGUGAUGGUAAUGAAGAUUUUGAAUUAUUGGGUGGUUAUGGAUAUUUUGACUAUGGUGAUUUAGAUACUAGAUCAGAUGAAUUAUCUAGAAAUGAAUCGUUUAUGAAUAGUCAUAGUAAUGUUGGAUCUACCUUGACUUCUAGACAUCAUUCACAUACUAACUUACAAAAGUUAUCAGUAUUGGCAGCUGCUACUGAUAUUAAAGAAAAGCAAAGUCUUACAGAAAGAAUUAGAGAUAAGUUAUCUAAAAGUGAUGAUACAUUACCUUCUAUUGUUGUUGAUAGUGACAAAGAUGAUGAUAAUAUCGAACAAGAUGAUUUUAAUAUUGAUGCAACUUUUGAUGGAAUUGAUCAAGCCAGAAAGGCCAAUGUUGGUAGACAACUUGAUGUUUCUCGAUUCACGUGAUAUUUGAUAUUUCUAUAUAUUACUUCUUUUACAUUUAUAUAUUUAUUUAUAUAUGUAUAUAUAUUAUUUAUUAGGUUAUGUCCACUUUUAAUUAUUUAUUUAUUCAAUUGUAUUAAAAAAAUGUAAAGGUUGCAAAUUUCGGUGUGUGCAUCAGC